AUGGCAAGUAUCAUACGAGAUAGCAAUGGUUUUCCGCAUCACGAGCGGGACGGUUAUCAUCGGAAUGGUAAACGAGGAGCCGAUAGCGACUCGAGCUCAUCGUCAGCAUCAAGCGAAGCUGAACAUGCCAGAAAACGUCGUAGAUUACAAAAUGGAAGUUUCGAGAGGGUUCGUUGUAGUAUUCGUGUUCAUAGAAACUUUGGAUAG